AUGGUGGCCGGAGGAGGGAGCUCCGACAAGAAGACAGUCGGCGUCUCCUGUGGGAUUUCUCUCGAUCGGCGGCGUUAUGGCGGCUCUCACUGGUCCAGGGAGGGAGCUGGGUUGAUGGCCGAUCGUUUGGGACCAGUACGGCGGCGGACUGAGGCUGGAGGAUGGAAAGCCAUGCCAUUUGUCAUAGGAAAUGAAACCUUUGAGAAGCUAGGAGCCAUUGGCACCUUAUCCAACCUCUUGGUCUAUCUCACUAAAGAGUUCAACAUGAGCAGCAUUAGAGCUAAUACUAUACUCAGCAUCUUCAAUGGCACCACCAAUUUUGCUACUUUGAUUGGAGCUUUUGUAUCCGACACAUACUGGGGUCGUUUCAAGACCAUUGCUUUUGCUUCAGUCGCUUCCUUAAUGGUACUUGAAUUAUGCCUUGACAAAGCAGCAAUCCUGACGCCGGAAGACAAAUUAAACACAGAUGGAUCAGCAGCCAAUCCAUGGAGACUUUGCAGCAUGCAGCAAGUAGAAGAAAUGAAAUGUCUAGUGAGACUGUUACCAAUAUGGGCUGCAGCCCUCGUGUACUAUAUUGUUAUAGUCCAACAACACUCCUAUACAACUUACCAAGCUCUUCAAUGUGAUAGAAGACUUACAAAACACUUCGAGAUCCCAGCUGCAUCCUACUAUGUCUUCUUGAUGAUAGCCAUGACCAUUUGGAUCCCUAUCUAUGACCGACUUGUCGUCCUAUUUCUCCAAAGACGCACAGGGAUAGAAGGAGGCAUCACAGUGCUGCAAAGAAUUGGAAUAGGCAUCGUCCUUUCGGUUGUGACAAUGGUGGUGUCUGGGAUCGUAGAAGAACACAGAAGGAAAUCUGCAUUGAAGCAUGGCUUGUUUGUUUCGCCCACAAGUUUCGCAUUGCUGUUGCCACAGUACUUCUUGACGGGACUGACCGAGGCAUUUUCUGCUGUUGCCAUAAUGGAGUUCUUCACCAUGCAAAUGCCGGAGAGCAUGAGGACUGUUGCUGGAGCAAUCUUCUUCCUUAGCUUGUCGGUUUCGAACUACUUAGGCUCGUUCGUAGCCAACAUGGUACACAAGGCGACUGAGGGAAAAUCUCCAUGGGUUGGAGGUCACGACCUUAACAAGAACAAGCUCGACUGCUACUACUACAUCAUUGCUGCUUUGGGGGCUGUGAAUUUUGUGUACUUCAAUUUGUUUGCAAGACAUUAUGUGUUGGUUAGUAAGAAGCCUGGUAGUGACAAUGGGAAAGGAGAAGUGCAGCUAGAGAACCCGAAUCCGAUUGCUCGUGAUAGUUCAAACGAAGAAAGCAAAGCUUGA